AUGCCUUCUACUCCUCCCUCUUCUUCUCUUAGUAAACCUCCCAGUCCUUCUCGCCAAAAGAAAGACAAAUCGCCUAUCCGACAAUCUCUUUCAAAGGUAAUGGGCCUGUUCAAAAAAGGAACAUCUACUCGACAACUACGUGAUUCAACGCCAUUACAAUCUACACCAUCUGGGUCGCGCCUUUCUGGAUCCCUCCUAUACCUCUCACGAAAUGAGUCAGCUGGUACAAUCUGGAUUCCUUGCACCGCGACACUCGAAAGCGGAAAUCUUCGACUCGCUUACUCGACUCCUCAAAACUGCUGCAACAUUUUCCCUAUACAGCUGAAGCACUGCUCCGACGUCCGUUCCUUGUCUACGUGCGAACUUCCCGACGAGGAAUUGAUGCUUUUGCGCACUACUGCGUGUUUACCUGGGGAACCCAGGGUCUUCGAACUCGUCUUUGAUGGAGCAGUGGAAAAGUUUGCUGUUCCAUCCGUAACGGACAGAGCGAGUUGGGUUAGUACAAUUUGGGAUUCGAUCCUCUUAAUGCAAGAAUCAAAAAGCGUCUACAGAUUUGAAGAUUCGGAAAAGCUUCACUCAACCAGAUUGGAGUAUGACAUGACCACGCCUAUCGCUAAUCUCUCUAAACCUCUCCCUCCGCCUGUAGAAGAAAGAAGUUUGCCUGCCCUUCCUUCUUCAAGUGAAUGUGAUAUAGACGAUGCUUCUCUGUUCUCUUGUGCGACACCUCUGGAAACGUCGCACAACUUCUUCAAUGUACAGCCUGAACUCGAGGUCUUAUCUUGCUCAAUGCCGCCUAUCAUUGCUCAUAGUCUAUCAAUCCCUUGUACUUCACCACAAUCUCUUCGCAGUACUUCUAUCGCCAACUUAAGCAAACGAUCGAUGGUCAAGCAGCGCCUCGCUCAAAUGGAACAAGAUCACUCUCAGAAUUCACCCAAGUUUCCCCCCGCUUCACCGCGAAGGGGCAGGACUCUUCCUUCCCCCUUUUCUCCCAGUAAAGAUCAACAUGCCGAAUUCAAAGGCGCAACUCUGGUUAUGCAGCAAACAAAUACGAGUGAUUCGAUAGUUGAUUCAUACAGCUAUUCGGAUCAAACUGUUCCUGCGAGCACUGGUGCGCGUCUUCCUUGGUCUCGACCCGCCGUGUCUCCGAUAGCAGAGGAUAUUAAAAAGGAAGUUACGGAAGCCAAAUUUCUGCACAAUGCUAUCCCUCUGCGUGUCGAUACUAGCGCUGAAACUCUGUAUCGCUCCAGGACUAACGUCGAAACGUCUGAAAACUUUCCGAUGCAUCCUCAACCAUACCAUGAUACAGCAGAUCUGAUUGCAGCUCAAGAAGUUCAGAACUCUAAACAAACGGUUGCCUUGAAUCACCUCCGCCACACGCUAUCCGGCGUAGACAAGAAAAUAUCUAACACAGACCGUACUCUGUUAUCCAUCGAUCAAAGAUUAGAAGGACUUCAAAGUUGCAUUGACUCGGUUGUAUCGAAAUCAUCUUCAGAUAAGUCUGAUAAUGCUCACGCGCAAGAUCUAGCGGACAUUCAUGAAUCCCUACAUGGACUACAAGCACUCUUAACUUCUAACGUUGUCGAUAUCUUGAAAGGAAUGGAGGAAGCAGAAUCCAAGAGCCGACCAUCUCCCGAAUCAAUCACAAGUCAAUCAACUGUCGCGUCCAUGGAGAUCCAGGCCCAGUUCACAGACAUACUUACACUCUUGCGUGACCAGAACGAAAAAAAUACCGAGCGCGACCUGCUACAAACUGACAGUGUGCGAUACCUAAACGAGCUCAAUACUUGGCUUGAGACCUUUGUCAACGGCGGGACUUCCCAGAUCCAGGUGCUGUCUACUACAUUGCAGCAGGUUCUUCAUUCGCUAGGAGUGAUCGCUUCUCAAGACGGUAGCACAAUACCUGGUCUAUUCCACGACGUACAAGAUCAAGCACAAAGAGGCAACCAGGACGCCACUCUGCAGACCUCUUUGAAUAACGCUAUUGGACUUCGCAAUUGUCAAGGUGGUGCUUCAGACCCGAUAUCUCCUCAAGCCAUAGUCGAACUUAUAGAACGGCAACGGCAAGAUCAUGAGGGUCUUAUGCGAUUGCUCACCAACGAAUUGUCCAACGAAAUCAAGGGCGAACGACUGCGAUUCGUAGAAGCCAUGAAAGAGGCUACUGCGAUCAAUGUACAGACUCACGUAGAAGAAUUCAAGAAGGAGCUGAAGCGCGAGGUUCAUGGAAUGACGCAGGAAGUUGGACGAUUACACCAGGAAAAGCAAAGCAUUGAGAACCAGAUCGCCGAUCUCUUUGCUUUCUACUCCAAGCAGGCAAAGAAUGGCAGCAUUCCGGUGAGUGGGUCGAAGCCUUUGUUUGCGCUUGUUCGAAUUAAUCGCAACCCACGUUCUUCCAGUCUGGGUCAGUUCCUGCUUUUGAACAGGCCCUCUCAAAUUACUCUACCCCGCAAAGAGGUCGCGGUGUUGGAGGUCUUCGAACGCCGCAACCAAGCCCCGAGCGUCGCCGGAGAACCGGAUCCUGAUUUUGGACUACUUGAUGUAUCUUCCUCACAUACAAGGCUUACUUAUUAGUCCGAGCCAUAGG